UAUACGGCCAUUGCAAUCGAAACACGUACGACUUUUACGAUGAAGAGUAAAUACUGUUUUUAUAUUUUUGUGUAUCUGUUACUACUUACUUGUGGUGCAAAUGGAGGAUUAGUUAAGGGGUUUUUAGAGAAAAUUCACGACGGAGCGCACAAAAUACACGAUGAUAUUCAUAAAGUUUUUCAUCCAAAAGAAGAACCCAAGCACGAACCUACGAUUAUUGUAGUCAAUAUGGGCAAUAAAAAUGAUCAUGACGGUUCAUUCGUCUUUCCAACUGCUCCUGAUGCUGCAUCCAUGCCUACUGCUAUAUCUACUCCUUCUCCUGUAUUUGUUCCUACUGUACCUACCCCUUCUCCCGUAAACGCUCCCGCUAUACCUACUCCUUCUGACGUUUUUACUAAUGCUGUUCCAUCUGCUGAAUCUGUGCCUAUUGUCGCGCCAACUCCUUCUACCGUGUACAAAGACACAAAGCCGGAUAUUGACAUGCGUAAGGAUGUGACGCCUGAUGAAGACUCGGGUAAGCUUGUUUUUACUUCGCUACCAGGAACAGUACAAGGUACGACAAGUACUACUAUGGAAAAGGAUGGACGAGAGAACUUUACUGGUGGAUGUACUACAGGACGUCAGAGAACCCAUGACGGUCGAUGCAAAGAAAAAUACCACUAACUAAAUCUAUCGCAAAAAAGACUAAGCCGGAUAUUGACAUUCGUAAGGAUGUAACGCCUGAUGAAGACUCGUGUCAGUUUGUUUUUAUUUCACUGCCACAAGCUAUGGAAAAGGAUGGAAGAUAGAGCUUUACGGAUGGAUGUCCUACAGAAUAUCAGAGAACCUAUUACAAUUUAUGCAAAAAAAAAAUCUGACUUAUUUAUCAAAUCAAUAUAUUGCUGUUGAUAAAUUUUACUUCAAAACUGAA